AUCACCGAGUGGGCAGUGGCGAGGAUCCCACGCGGCAGACAUAGUGAGGAACAUGGCGCUUACAGCUGUAGUAUCUGUGGUCUUCUUCACUGUCGGGGUGCUUGUGCCGUCAUUCGCGCAGCGUUAUGAACAGUUGAAUGACUACGCCCUAGGUCGCGCUUUGUUUCUAGCGAACAAUUACGGUGAUCGCUCGGGCUACUACGGAAACCCAGGGAUGGGCUCCACACAUCGCCGAUACAAUGACCUCAGUCACCACAAUUUCGACACCAGCAGGGAUGGCGAUUUACUGCAUCAACAUAUUGCUCAAGGCACGCAAGGGCACUAUUUUAUAAUGCCACCUCACAGCUUGCGGCGGGGCGACAUCAUAGCCAAGUACCUGCACAGUGUGGACGUGUCUAAUCAGGAACAUAUCCGGCCAAGUCCAAGAAGAAAGAGAAGUCCACGAGGAGAAUGGGAGCGAGAAUACGAUGAGCGAAAAACAGCGCGACAUGGAUGGAGAAGGACUAACAGACGACGCUGGGAACGAUUACACGAUGAUGCAGCCCAUGGGCCCGCGAAAGCCGGGACGGGACUGGUCCGUCUGCACGGCUGCCCAAAGAGCCAGGGCCCCAUUCGUCUAACAUUAAAGGUUGCUAAUAAUGAAUGAAACAA